UUUCCAGGUGAGUGACGAGAGCGUCGGGCCACGCCCCUAAACCCUUAAAUAGACCUUGAGGGCGUGGCUUAGAGAGCCCCACGCCCCCCGGCCCCCUACCGCCCUACGUCGUGCGUGACGUCCGUCGACGGCAAGUCAGCCUCAGUGAGGUCACUGCCCUCGCGCGCCGAGUGCCGACCCUCUCGUCAGGGGUGGGGCCUGUGGUCAAGUUCCAGACUCCCUCCGCUCCGCCCCGCCGGCGCCUGCUCGCGGACCAUCCGGCGCGUCACGUGACGGGUCGGCGGCGCCGGCGGUUGCUGUCAGCUGAUAUCACGGGUUGGUGGCAGCGGCAGCCGUGGCGAUGGACUUUCUCCUGGGGAACCCGUUCAGCUCUCCGGUGGGACAGCGCAUCGAGAAAGCUACGGAUGGCUCCCUGCAGAGCGAGGACUGGGCCCUCAACAUGGAGAUCUGCGACAUCAUCAACGAGACGGAAGAAGGUCCCAAAGAUGCCUUUCGAGCAAUAAAGAAGAGAAUCACGGGGAAUAAGAACUUCCACGAGGUGAUGCUGGCUCUCACGGUCUUGGAAACUUGUGUCAAGAACUGUGGGCACCGCUUCCAUGUGCUGGUGGCCAGCCAGGACUUCGUGGAGGGCGUGCUGGUGAGGACCAUCCUGCCCAAGAACAACCCACCCACCAUCGUGCACGACAAGGUGCUCAACCUCAUCCAGUCCUGGGCUGACGCAUUCCGCAGCUCGCCUGAUUUGACAGGUGUCGUCGCCGUCUACGAGGACCUGCGGAGGAAGGGUCUGGAGUUCCCAAUGACCGACCUAGACAUGCUGUCGCCCAUCCACACGCCCCAGAGGACCGUGUUCAGCUCGGAGACACCAUCAGGACAGAAUUCUGUGGGCACUGACGCCAGUCAUCGGGGGGACCCCAGCCAGCACACAGCUUCGCUGACCACCCCAGCUGUACUCCCCAGCGACACACCCAUAACGCCAACCCCUGAGCAGAUUGCAAAGCUGCGCAGCGAGCUGGAGAUGGUGAGUGGAAACGUGAGGGUGAUGUCGGAGAUGCUGACAGAGCUGGUGCCCACCCAGGCAGAGCCUGCAGACCUGGAGCUGCUACAGGAGCUCAACCGGACGUGCCGAGCCAUGCAGCAGCGGGUCCUGGAGCUCAUCCCCCGCAUCGCCAAUGAGCAGCUGACGGAGGAGCUGCUCAUAGUCAACGACAAUCUCAACAACGUGUUCCUGCGCCAUGAAAGGUUUGAGCGGUUCCGGACAGGCCAGACCACCAAGGCCCCAAGUGAGGCUGACACGGCAGCAGCUGACCUCAUUGACAUGGGCCCUGACCCGGCAGCCACUGGUGGCCUCUCGUCCCAGCUGGCAGGAAUGAACCUGGGUUCCAGCAGUGUGAGAGCUGGCCUGCAGUCUCUGGAGACCUCUGGCCGGCUGGAAGACGAGUUUGACAUGUUUGCACUGACACGGGGCAGCUCGCUGGCUGACCAACGGAAAGAGGUAAAAUACGAAGACCCCCAAGCUACGGAUGGCCUAGCUGGAGCCCUGGACGCCCGGCAGCAGAGCACAGGAGUGAUCCCCAUCACCCAGGCCUGCCUCAUGGAGGACAUUGAGCAGUGGCUGUCCACUGACGUGGGGAACAGUGUGGAGGAGCCCAAGGGUGUCACCAGUGAAGAGUUUGACAAGUUCCUGGAAGAACGGGCCAAAGUGGCUGAUCGGUUGCCCAGCCUCUCCAGUCCCUCAGCCGAGGGACCCCCAGGGCCCCGUCCUGGCAGCACCCCUCGAAAGAAGACCCAGGAGAAAGACGACGACAUGCUGUUUGCCUUGUGAGCGGGGCUGGCACCCUGCAGCCCGAGCCCAGUUGCUGCCACCCUCCUGGCUGGGGCCUCUUCCCGUCCCUUGGUGUUAAGGCUGCUUUGGAGUGGCUUGUUACCCCCUUCUCUCCUCCUCGAGGCUGGGCCAUGUUUGGGGUGUGGGAAGGCAGUAGGUGAAUUGAGUGAAUAAGUCAGUUCUUUGUUGGGACCCUGGCCACUGCUGCCUCCUUCCCCACCCCAGCCGACCACUCUGACUUUGCUGAGAUCUGGAUGGCCUGGAAGACAGGCUGCUGCUUGGUUGCCCCGGGUGACUCCUGCCCUGGGUGACCCAUCCCUGGACCCACCCCCAGAGGAGCCCUCCAGAGCCCACACUGCCAGCCACAGUCUGGCUGGAAGCUGGAAACAGAAACUUCUGUUGCAGCCUCUGGUCCCUUCCCUGGCCCUGGCCUCAUGGAGCCUGGAAACUCUGCCCAGCUGUUGUGGGCAGGGUAUGUGGCCCUCUGCUCAGCUGCACACUGUCCAGGUACGAAGCUGCACAUGGUAGGGCUCCAGCGCCCCAGCCCCGGACUGCAGGGGACACCUCGGGCCAUGCCUGGAGCACCUGCGGCCCCACAAUCUCCUCCACUGCCUUCUCCCCCCACCCUUCUUCUUCCAGCCGCUGGACAUGGGCCCACCCACCUGUUGGCUGAUCCUCUUGUACUGGGAGAGGUGCCUUUUCUGUCCCCAAUUAAAGGUAGAAAACCACCCUG